AUGUCUACCGUCCGAGAACGUCGAAAAUGGUACCACAUCAAGUGGUUCGCAGACCAGGAUACUAAGGAGGAACGACGCCUUAUCCUGAAGCUCGAUGCCUUGAUUGUCCCGUAUGCAUUUCUAGCUUACUGGGUUAAAUAUGUCGACCAGGCAAAUAUCAAUAAUGCAUACGUCUCUGGUCUUCAAGAAGACUUAGGUCUCCAUGGCAAUGAGCUUGUCGAACUGCAGACUAUGUAUACAGUUGGUGCGGUUGUCGGCCAGUUACCAUUCGCAUACCUAUUCACCAGGUUUCCGAUGUCUUGGGUGAUCCCUUUCUUGGAUAUCAUGUGGGGUGUCUUUACUUUGCUGCAAUACCGAGCAACGUCCUUUGGUGAGAUGAUGGCUUACCGCUUCUUCGUGGGUUGGUUUGAGGCUGCCUUCUUUCCGGGGAUGCAUUAUAUAUUCGGAGCUUGGUACCGUGGUGAUGAGAUUGCCCGACGGGGUGGAUGUUUUUACGUCGGACUCACCCUAGGUACCCUUACGGCGAGUCUAAUCCAAGCGGGAACAUCAGCGAGACUCGAAGGCCUUCACGGCCUAGCAGGCUGGCGGUGGAUGUACAUUAUCUGUGCAAUUAUCACCAUCCCCAUCGGAAUUCUAGGAUACUUUAUACUCCCCGGAACCCCCGAUAAGCCAAAUAGGCUGGUGAUCAACGACAAGGACAUCGAACUAUCCAAGAUCCGCCUUUCGCGUGCAGGUCAUACAUUCCAGGGAAAGUUUACACUGCGGUCUCUGACAAAUGUCCUCAAGAACUGGAAGUUCUGGGCUUUGCUAUUCCUCGACAUUUUCUUCUGGAACGGAUGCAUAAAUACCUCUGCAGGGGGAUAUUUGUUAUGGCUGAAGAGCCUGAAAAGAUAUUCAACAAGCCGUCUGAACGAGCUAGGCGCCAUAUCCCCGGCCCUCGGGAUAUUCUAUACCCUCUUUAUCUGUUUCGCGUCUGAUCUUGUCCUGGGACCUGCGUGGGCGAUCACCCUCGCUCACAUUUGGAAUAUCAUCGGACUGGUCAUUCUUGUCAUCUGGAAUGUCCCUGAGUCUGCACUCUGGUUCGCCUUUAUCACGACGUAUUCUGCUGUGUCUAUGUCCAGCGUGUUGUAUGGCUGGGUGAACGAGCAAUUACGUUACUCACCAGUGGAGCGCUCAAUAACACUGGUCAUUCUCAACACUGUUGCACAGUCGACGACAGCCUGGACCCCGCUGCUAGUGUUCAAGACGGUUGAAGGACCCCGCUUUACGAAAGGAUAUUCUUUUGUUCUUGCGAACGCGAUAUGUCUCAUCGCCUUGGCUCAUUUCAUCAAGUACUUCAUUGCACGCCAGGAGUACGUAUUCUCCGAUCGUUUCCGUUCACAAGCGCAAGCUAACCCCACUCAGCAAACGUGA